CAGCAAGGGAGCUGAGGAGGAGACUCCGGAGCCACAGCCUGAUACACACUCACAUCCAGAACUGCUGCUACUGCGCGCUGAACCUCCAUCAGGGUAAGAGCUGCACACUCGGCUGGUAGGAGAGCAGGAUGUGGUACAGAGGGGGAAGCGUUCUGGUCACAGCCUGACAGUUUGCAUGCUCGGACCGUGAAUGCAGGGGGGGGAUUUUGGCAGAGUCGGCCGCGGAGAGCUCAGCGAUAGCUCACAGGUUGUGGUGCAGAAGUUGAGAGGUGCUGCAGUGACUGGCAGGCGAGCAAGCAGAGUGCUGAGUGCUGCUGGCAUGUUGCUUCUCUCCUGCUGGGGGGACUCUCUAGUUGGCCUGGACCAUGAGCAAUGAGUCUACCGUCUGGAACAUCCUACCAGAAAACUCCACAGAGAUCCCAUUCAAGGCCAAGGAGCAGCAGGAUGGCUACGUGCUCAUCCUGGUGAUCCUCUCAUUCUUCCUGGUAGGAACGUUGAUCUUCAUCUCGGUCCUCCUCAUCACCUGCCGCCGAUGCUGUCAUGGAGGGCAAUGCUGUGACAGGGCCAGCGAUGACCCUGAAAAAACCAACACCACCUACAUGGAGGAGUCUCUGCCCACCCAUGAAAUCACCAUCAGGGUGGAUGAGUCAGACUGCCUGUCAAUGGUCAGCUCUCCCGAUCAAGAGACAGAGCGCUUCCUCUCCACAGGCACCACAGGCCGCCGUGUCUCCUUCAAUGAGGCGGCACUUUUCGAUCACAGCAAGAAGACCCAGGAGAAGGGACGCAGGUACACUCUGACCGAGGGCGACUUUCACCACCUGAAGAACGCCCGUCUCACACACCUCCACAUCCCGCCCCCGGCCCUCAAGAUAGUCACCAUCCACGAGUGCGACUCGGCCGAAAACACCAUCACCAUGAAGAUGCGCCCUGUCGCUAAGUCAGCACUUUCCAUCUUCCAGCCAAUGCUGUGCCCCCUUCCACAAACAGCGCUGACCAGCCUGAGUGUCAAUCCCAGCUGUGCCCUCCCUGGAGAUGCUCUCAACUCUGUGGUGGACACCAGCUUCAGCGAGAACACUGUUGCACUCAGCACUAAAGACAAUCGCUCCAGCUCUAUCGAGAUGAUGGGACCUGGACCGCGGGGCAGAGGCAGCAGUGUCAGCGUUGGAGAAGGGGCCACCAUGGGAAGUGAUGCCCAUCCUGCUGGUGGCGGUGGUGGUAGUACUGGAAGCCAGGGGCCCGUGCUGCAAUUCUUCACCAAACUGCGGCGUCAUGCUAGUUUGGAGGGGGCCAGUCCCUACUUCAAGAUCAAGAAAUGGAAGCUGGACAGCAGCCAGAGGGCCUCGAGUCUGGACACUAGAGGCUCGCCAAAGAGGAGACAGUUCCAGCGCCAGCGUGCCGCCAGUGAGAGCAUGGACCAGGACGACAACGACGCGCACCACAUAGACCUCAUCCAGUACAUCGCCCGCACCCAGGACGUCCCCUACGGCCGCACCCAGCCCACCACACGCCUCCUCUCGCCUCCCUCUACACCACCCCCCUCCCUCGGCAGGGUAGAGGUAGAGGUGAUGGUGGAGCCCCGCUGCAGACAAGGAGGACCAGGGGUGAUUGGCCUAUCCCCUGAUCCACAAGACGAAGCUCUGCACCUGGCAAAAAGGGAAGGUGCAGACCCCUUGGAGCCCCAAGUUCCCCAGGACCCCCAGUCACUUUACAGAGACAUUUGGACCCUUCGCGCAACACUGGAACAGUAUGCCGCCUCUGAUCAGAGCAGCAACAAUGACAGGAGCUCUGUCUGCAGCGAUGUGGAAAGUGUGUGUUCGCUGGGUGGACGAACAGAGACAGAGAGAGGAGGGCUCCCCAGCUACACAUCCCAAGAUUUAGGGGAUGAGGCAGAAGGUGGGGAGGAUGACAAGGGCUUUUUGAUGUACGUGGAUGAGAGGUUGGGUACAAAGGAGGGUAAAAAAAGGAAAAGCACAGAAUCAGAGCGAGGGGCCAGUGAUGGAGAAACAGGGACUCGUAAACUGCUGCAGAUGGAUAGCGGCUAUGCAUCGAUAGAUGCUCCAUCCCGAGGUCCAGAAGACCUGCGGCUGUUCGGGAGCAGCAGCAUCAGCAGCAGCCCGAAGGACAGGACAGCCCAUGAGAAAAGGCACCAUUUCACCAGUGCAGGGAAAAGUGGAACUAUAGGUGACAGCUUCGAGUCUCAUCUCGAGGAGGAGCCAGAAGAUGAGUCAUUGUUGGGAGCCAGUGGUGGAGUUUCCAUAGAAACAGGUCCCGGUUCACUGAGCUGGUUUCCAUAUGGUCAGAUGCUCACACCGCGAGAGGCCGCGCAACUUUCACCACAACCACCAGCCCUGCACCGACGAGACUACAGCAUCGACGAGAAGACGGACGCACUCUUCCAUGAGUUUCUCCGCCACGACCCUCAGUUUGAUCAGCUGGAAUCACCACUGAAGAAACACAGGUCCCGAAUCCACCUCCGAAAGCAGUGGCAGCGGCACAAGCAGUGGAGCGACCCUGGUGUCAGACACUUCCAGUCAUCCUUUGAGCGACAGCGGACUCCCCUACGGAGGGGAGAAAGUGUAAACUACCCGCUGGACACGAGCUACCACAGCACCCUGCCCCGCAUCGUCAGUGCUCCUGACGAGGAGACCAGCGAUGGGACGGGCAGCACUCCCGACACUCUGAAGGUAGAGCCUACGACUACUGAGGAUGGGAGCAAAGGCGCCACUGUCAGAGACACUGAGGAACACGCCUCAUCUUCUCCGCCACCUCCUCAUUCCUCUGUCUUAGAGAAAGAUGAAGGACUGAGUGAGCCCCUUGACCCUCAAGAGGACAGCAAACAGUCAGGACUCCCACCUGAGCCUCCGGACGAGCGCUCACCCCCUCAGCUGCCUGACUCCUCAUGCUACGGCCCGCAAACCAUCACAGCAGAGCUCACAGACAAACUGACUGGUAACCUGGAUGAGAGGCUGUACAGGGGCCUUCGCAGCACAAGGGACACAGCCAAUGAGUGUGUGAUGGUGACAGCCACACACGCCUCUCCAGAUCACAGCCCUGUGUAGCUCAGCUAGAGUCGUCCUCCUCGUUAGUCGUCCUCCUCCUGCUGAUACACACAUUGUUUCUGUUUGUCUUUCCUCAGUUUAAAUGUCUCUGUACAGUUUGAAUGGUGUCACCCAGACCCAAAACAAAACAAUGGAAAGUUUACUUCAAAUCAAAUCUAUAAUCAAUCACUUAUCCUCAGAUAAUGUUAGAUACAGUUGAUCUACUAGAAAUGCAUCCAGUUCAUUGAAGAACAGUGUUACAUAUAUAGAACUAACAUAUCAGAAAUAAUGGUUUAAGUAAUAACUGUACAUUUUUUUGUUUGUUGUCUAUUCAGUCUCUUUUUUCACGUCUCUACUGCUGUUAUUCCUGCCUCUGCUCUCCAGUAACAAUAAGUGAAGCUGAGGGCUGGUUUGGCCUCUGUACUUGUUGAUCCACUGUGAAACUAGGUGCUAUUAGAUGUAAAGAAAGCUACAGAUCUGGACACAAAUCACACAUAAGUGGAAGAUGAGUCAAGUUAUCAUAAUCAGAUGAUAAAAGAUUAGUUAUCUUAUAAUUUAUCAAAGCUAUAUGAGGCUGAAUUCCCAGAUAUAGUGCAGGUGACUUCUAUAGAGCUGUUCAGACUGGUUAUUUAGGUCAGUGGUUCCAAAGCCAUGGGUCAGAAUCUCCAAGGAGGUAUCUAAAGGCUGACCAGAUGAUUAAAAAAAAUAAGACAGAAAAUUAUAUAUAUUUUUCUAUUUCGUAUAUGUUUCUUGGCCAUUAUUUUCAAUCAACUUCAACUUCUGUUGAGAUCUACUGCUAAAUCAGUAGUGAUUGAAUUCUUCUGUCAACAUUUUUCCUGGACUUAGUUAGUUAGCUACACACAAUGCUGUGAUAGGUCAGUUAUUUCAAGUGGCAAUGUCUAAGGGCACAGUCAAUCAUACAGGGAAUGUAGCAGAGGCGAACCUUUGCCUCCUGUUCACUUCCAAUCUGUGAGAGCUACAAGGCUCAUACAACAUUUGCAUCCUGUAGCGAAGCAAAUCCGCAGCGUGGCUUUAUGUGAGAUUUAACUUCUAUAAAGUUUGACCGCACCAUUUUUCUGCAUUCGCCUAUGUGUGACUGUGCUCUAAGACACCAUAUUUAUUUUCACACACCAGGUGGAAAAAGCCCUGCCCCUACCCUGCCUCUGAUUGACAAGUAGGUCGGGUCGGUUUAGGCACGAAGAUUGUUUAGGGUUACUGAAAGAGAAUCAGGGUUAGGGUUUUGAUUAUCAAUCAAAGGUAGGGUAGGGCCAGGCCUUUGGCCAUCGCUGGUGGGCAGUUAUUAGGCAAGUCAUUGGGGGUCACAAAGGGGCCACAAGCCCAAAAAGUUAGGAACCACUGGUUUAGAUUGCUGGACAAGAAUAAAGGCCAGAGAGUUUUCUCCCAGUAUUACUUAUUUUGAAAUGGAAGCUAUCUUUUGAUUCUCCUCACUGAGUGUGAGACCGGUCAUGAUGUUUGUUGUUUUUAACUGAAACUGCUUCUCAGCAGUGACAAAGGUCUUGUUUGUUUUUUAUUUGUUUUAUGAGUUCAUGAGUUGUACUAUAUUUUUGUACGUCUGCAUUGCUUGAACAAUAAUGAAAACUGACAGUGGGGCAUGUUUGACAAAUUUCUUUGAAAACAGGAAGAACAGGCACUAGUGCUCUUGUAUGAUGACUAAUUAUCAGUAACAGAUAUGACAAUAAUCUAUGAGUAUAGUACUCUUACUCUUAAGAGUAGCUCCAGGCGUCACUAGACACUAGAAUAAGCUCAGUCUCCAGCCUUGGGGUGGGCAGUUAAAUCAAAUCUAUUAGACAGGAUGGCUGCCCUCACAAACCUUUGGUGUUUAUUGAAUUUAUAAGAAAGGCAUGCUUUCUUGUGCAUGUGGCUCCCAGAACAGGCCUUGUUUGUCCACAUCUGACAUUCUUGUCUUUUCCUUCUCUUCUCUUCCUCUUCCAUUCCUGAGAAAGUUGAGAGAGCAGUAGAUGCCUCCCUUGGGGGGGGGCAAGGACUUUACUUCCUGCCAGCUUAUAAAAUCAAACUGAACAAAGACAUUAUUUGUAGUUAAAUAAUUAUUUUUUUCCCUCUUAUCUUGCUUCCUUGUGCGAUUAAAAACAAACCGGUACUACUGCAUUCAAAUAAAACCACAUCAGCAGAUUGAUGUUCAGUGGGGGGGGAGAACAUCCGCAGCAGCAGCAGCAGUAGGUUGACUGUAACCCAGUUUUGGUCAUGAAAUCCUAUUCUCAGAGGGGCUGUUGGGCUUUUCCCUCUCUCCCUUGUUCAGAGCAGGGAGCCACUGCAGAAGAUGGUGUUGAAUAUUAAUCAUAACAAGAGAAGGGAAGCCCCCUUUCCAACCUCCCUUGAUCUUUGAGGCUGUUACCAUGCAGCAAACUGAAAGGAGUUAAUACAAAUGGAAGAGAAAACAUUAUCCUCCUCUCUUUGUUACGGUGCCGUGAUGAUGCCCCUCCAGCCUGCACAGAUUGCAUCUUUCUCUGCUGUGUUGCAGGAGUCUCCUCUUGUGGCUAAGUGGACUCUAGGGCAGAAGCUGCUUUCCUCAUUAGGGGAACAAUGACUGAGAUGAAAAGAGGUGAACACAAAUAAGGCAGAAAGAGGAUAGGGUUUUUUGCUCUGUCCUCUCUUAACGUAGCCAGCUCAAACACACAAUGAACAAUUUUGUGCAUUUGCAUCCUUUUUAUAUUGGCACUAGUCAGCAGGAAAGAAAUAAAAUAUCAGUAAUCCCCCUCUCUGUUACGACAGACCUCAUGCUUCCUUGUUGAUAAUGAUCACUCAGCGAAAUGUGACAGUUCUGGGAAAAGAGGAAGACAGCUGUGUUUCCUAUAGAUCAUAAGUCAAAAUGAGUCAGAGCUGAGUCAGUGGGAUGUGACGACCGUACAGCAACCCCGACAAGUCAAAGAAAAUGGCCAUGAAGGUCGAUUAUCCAUCGGUACACGUGUACAAAGAUUCGACUUUGAUGUGUAUAAAAGCACAACGUCACAGGACCUAUAGACUAAAUCGAUGUCCUUCAUUAGACGUAGGCAGAUACUGUGUAACUGGAGACACUGUGGUAAAUGGUGUUUGUGUACUAACCAGUAGCCUGUCGAAUGCUUUGAUGCAUAGCUGUGUGUAGGUCUGCAUGAGAGUCGACAUUUUAGUAAAAAUCUUUGUUAAAAAUGUUUUUUCGGACUCACUAUACAAAACAUUAUGUCCAUAGUUGACGGCCAUUUGUUUUAAAGCAGAGUUGGAAACAUUGGUAUGACUAGAGGUUUUGUAUUUUAUGGAGUCCACUUUGAAGAGUCAUGCUAGAAAAGAUUUUGUGAGAUUUAUCUCUUUAAAGGUAGAAAUAUUUCUGUAUUCCUUGCUUGUUAGUAAAAUGCUUCAUUUCUCAAAGAAAAAAAAAAGGCGGGCUUUCUUAACCACUUCGCUUUUGUUGAUCCAAAUCUAUUGAGCCUUGAGGGACCAAGUCAUAAAAAGGUGUUCUUUUAGGGUUGUUUUUCAAUCUGUGAAUAAAUGAAUGAACUUAAACAAA